GACAUUUUUUUCGGCUCCCAUCUCCGCUGCAGUCAAUUUUUUGUUUUUUGGGGGAUUCCUAAAACCUAAAACACGAUAAACAAGGAAAUCUUCCUAAAAGGAUUUAUUAUCUGCAGAAAAAUGCCUCUAACUGCAGAAGCAGCCACACAGCAAGUACAGGAGCGUCUGAAGUCCAUUCAGUACAUCAUCCAUGAGUUGGAAAACGAAAGGAGAACGAAUGAAGUGAAUAUAAACAAUAUUCUUAAGGCGCAGGCAAAGAUGAAUGCCGAAGAUAAGUCCACAGUGUAUCAGCCCAAAAUAAAAAUGCUAUACAAAGCGGCAAUUACGGAUUGUGUGCAGGAGGAAAAUCUCAUUCGACAGGCCUUGGCGAAAAUCCAUGAGAUUCGGGCAAUUCGCAAUGAGCGCAGAAUUGAAGCAAGGAAUGCUGGAAACAAGGAGACAAUCAGACGUGGAGCGUUGAUGGUGAUGCUGGAGAUCUCAGCUCAAACUCUGCCGUUGUUUGUCAGCAAACCGGGUGAGAAGGCACCUCCACUGUGCGGAGCAAUACCGGCUGAGAGUUCAUACAUCGCCAAGCCUGGAGACUUGGUGGCUGCUCUGGUGAAAGUGACAGAUCAGGAAGAUUGGAUAAUUGCAGAAGUUGUGCAAUUCCUAAGCAGUCAGAAGUACGAAGUGGAUGACAUCGAUGAGGAGCAGAAGGAUCGACAUGUGCUCAGUAAACGGCGCAUUGUACCACUUCCAGUGAUGAGAGCUAAUCCCGAGACGGAUGCUCAUGCUCUUUUUCCCAAAGGAACAACCGUGAUGGCCUUGUAUCCGCAAACAACUUGCUUUUACAAGGCCAUUGUAAAUAGUCUCCCUCAGACGGCAACUGAAGGCUACGAGCUUCUCUUUGAAGAUUCUGGUUAUCCAGAAGGAUACUCACCACCACUAAGAGUCGCCCAGCGCUAUGUCAUCUCCAUCAAGCAGAAUAAGAAAUUUACAGCAACUUCCACUCUAUGAAGAAUUUUCAUUCAAUAUGAUUAUAAUAAAUUAUUCAAAAAAAAUUAAAUUAAGUAAUA